GUGUCCAUUCUGUGACGUUGUAACAGGAUGUUGACUGAGAUUAUACUGGGUGCAGCCGUUGUGCUGUUUAUCGACAACAUUUAUCAGUGGAAACGGAAGUAUAGCAAGAUGCCUCCAGGUCCAAAACCACUACCAAUACUGGGCAAUUUCUUAGACAUAAAGGAAGCUACACUGAUCAACGAUCUAACGCGAUUGGGUUCGACAUACGACGGCAUAUUCACGAUCCAUUUCCUAAUGACGCCAGCACUCAUUCUGGACCAGUUCCACACCAUCAGAGAUCUCCUUUUAUCUCCUGCAUAUGCUGACAUCUUCAGUGGACGGGUUAAUUCAUGCUUUAGCGAGUAUUUGCUUCCGGAUGAUUUGAUGUUCCAGACGGCUAGUGACAAACAGCAAUACCUGAGAAAACUUACCUUUCGAGGAAUAAAACAAUAUGGAACUGCACUGAAAAACGUUGAGCAUCUUGCCCAAACUGAAAUACAAGAAAUGAUCAACAGGUGCAGAGAACGAAAUGGAGUCUCUUUUGACCCGUGGGAUGACCUGAAUCAAUAUGUCUGCAACGUGAUCUUGGUUUUGGUUUGUGGGCAAAGAUUUCAACCUGGCCAUAAGACACUGGAGAUUUGUGCCAGAAAAACCCAGAUGCCUUUGAUGUCCUUUUACUCCACAAGAACCAGUUUCUAA